AUGGCGACGUCCAUACCGAGACAGGCGGUACUUGAGCACGGUACGUCCUGGCCCCGGUUUCUGGCAUUCUACAGGGAGCUUGUGUCGCGGGUUCGAGCCCGGCACGGCAGCAUGCAACACUCGUGCAGGAUCAGCCUGACUGAGGUUGAACGCUUCAUGAACCUCAAACAGAACUACGAGCGCAUGUUCCGCGAGUUCUGUCCCGAUGGUCGUCUGCUCAAAGAUGAUUUGAUGGGCUUUUUCAACCGGUGCGACCUUUGGCCGACACAGGGCGAUAUCAACCGGAGCUUCGACAAGAUAUUCAGAGGAUCCAGAAACACAGCGGAAGUUGUAUUUGUCCUCGACUGCUCGAAUAACAGUGACGUUGUCGACUUCCGCGAUCAGAUAAAGUUCGUGAGGGCCGUUGUCGACACACUUGACAUUGCCCCUGAUAGGACCCGGGUGGGGGUUGUACCGUACAACGAGGACGUGUACAACGCCUUUGGAAUCAACCAGUACAGCAAUAAGGAUGAUGUCAUGGAAGCUAUAUCGCGGCUCAAGCUGUGCCCCGGACUGACGCGGACGGAUCUGGCCUUACGUCUCAUGCAGGACAUGUUUAAAGACAGCCGACCUGGCGUACAGAAGAUGGCGAUAGUCGUCAUUGACGCUCCGUCUGCAGCGCCGGAGAAAGCACGCGCCGAGGUGUUGCGCGCGCAUGAUAUGGGCGUAGAGAUAUUUGCAAUAGGGAUCGGACCGGAAGUGGAUGAGGAGGAGCUGGCGCACAUGGCCUCUACACCGGAGCACGUGUUCCUCGUGCACGAUACCCGGUCGCUGGUAUUAGUGAGGCGCCAUCUAGAACACCGUUUCCGACUUGAUUCCCAAUCAACGCCAUACGUAGCGUCUAAUAAGAGUCACGUGUGCAGACCGCUCAGCCAAUCAGAAACGCUGGAGAUUGUGUGGACCGCCUACCCACCGGAAGCAUGUGAUCUGCAGGACAAGGCGAGGUCACGAUGGAUUCGACCCGUGGUGGGCGGGAAGGAGGCCUAUGCGUUACUAGACGACGACAUCAUUCGUCAAACGGGCUUACGGCCAUGCCUCCAGUUGGUAAUCCAGAGUCGUCUGCGACGUGACGGCUUCAUCAUCCUGCCUUCUGACGUCAGAGACGGAGUCCAGCGCGUGACAAAUGAGGCUCAGGCGCUUGACCUUAUUGACAAGUUCAUAAAAGACAGACGCUGGAUUAAUAUCUUAUAACGCACCCAAGGUUUAAAGGCCUCGUUUCUGGAAUGUCUGGCCUCUACUGACAGUUUUCCACUCAGUGUAUUGGGCUGCCAUAUUAUAUCUUUUAUCUGACAUUUUGUCUCAGCCGAUUUAACAUUCGCUCAUUGAUAUUACUCUGUUGCAGUGAUUUUCAGUUGAUAAGGUCGAGCUUCACUGUUACAUGCGCGGAUUGCAAUUUCAAGGGGUGGG